GGUCCUGGCAGGGGGCGGGGCCUCGCAGCCCGGAAGAGACGCCGCGUCGCGCAUGCCCCUUCCUUUCUAGCCUCGGCCUCGCAGCCUAGAGCCGCUGCGAUGUUGAUGCCCAAGAAGAACCGGAUCGCCAUUUACGAGCUCCUCUUUAAGGAGGGAGUGAUGGUAGCCAAGAAGGACGUGCACAUGCCCAAGCACCCGGAGCUGGCAGACAAAAACGUACCCAACCUUCACGUCAUGAAGGCCAUGCAGUCUCUCAAGUCCCGUGGCUACGUGAAGGAACAGUUUGCCUGGAGACAUUUCUACUGGUAUCUUACCAAUGAAGGCAUCCAGUACCUCCGUGAUUACCUCCACCUGCCCCCUGAGAUCGUGCCUGCCACCCUGCGCCGCAGCCGGCCGGAGACUGGCAGACCCCGGCCCAAAGGCGUGGAGGGCGAGCGGCCCAUGCGGCUCACGAGAGGCGAGGCCGACAGAGACACCUACAGACGGAGCGCCGUGCCCCCUGGUGCCGACAAGAAGGCUGAGGCUGGGGCCGGGUCAGCCACCGAGUUCCAGUUUAGAGGUGGAUUUGGUCGUGGACGAGGUCAGCCACCCCAGUAAAGUUGGAAGAUGCUGUUUUCUGUUAAAUAAACGUAGCAGGAGAACCUG